AUGAAAGUAUUUACAAAACCACCAUUAAACAAAACGCCAUUUUUUUUCAUAACCAUUUAUUCACAUAGCUAUAGAUUAAUAUCCAAAUGUUUUUUGUACUAUUUAGGGAUAGAUAAAAAAACUUCCACAAUGGACCACAAUAAUAAUAAUAAAAAUAACAAAAACAAUAACGAUAAUGAUGACGAUGACAACAAAAGCUUUAAUAGAAAUAAUGAUAUAUCCAAUGAUUUUGUUGAUGAUAAUGAUAUCUCAAACAAUACUAACAACAACAACAACAACAAUAAUGAAUUAAUAAAUGAUGAAAUUAAUAGCGAGAACAACAACAACAAUAAUAACAAUAAUGAAUUAAUAAACGAUGAACUUGAUAGUGAUGGUCAAGAUGUUGAAAAUAAAACUAAAAUAAAAAAAUUAAAACUCAGUGACUACUGUAACGAUAACAGUACCACCGCUGAUAAUAAUAGUAAUAUACAAGAUGAAACAAUGGAACAGCAACAACAACACAUAAUAAAUAAUAAUAAUAAUAAUAAUAAUAAUAAUAAUAAUAAUAGUAAUAAUAGUAAUAAUAAUAAUAAUAAUAAUAAUAAUAAUAAUAAUAGUAUUAUAAUAAGUAAUAGUAUUAGUAGUAGUAGUAAUAGUAAUAUUAGUAGUGAUGAUGAUGAUAAUGAAUAUCAUGAUACACUAGAUGACUUACCACAAAUUGAAAUUAGUGAAGAAGAUGAAGAGGAAAAGGAAGAAGAAGAGCAACAACAAGAAGGAGAUGAUAAAGAAAAAGAAGAAAAUAAUGAGAAAGAUGAAGAAGAAAAAGAAGAUGAACAACAAUAUUUAAUUGAUGUACCAAAUAGAGAAAAAGAAGAAAUUUAUGAAAUACUUUCAAACCAUUAUUACAGAAAAUCCAUUUUAGUUCAUUUGGCAAUAUCCCAUAGAAUUUCUUCUUCAAGGGCUAAAUCUAUAAUAAGAUCCAAUUUAAGUUUAUAA